AUGACUACUAUAUCUACUACUACAGCUGCUGUAUUGCAAAAAUCUAAUUCAAACUUACAAGUAAAGGAGGUCCCUGUGGCACCGAUCAACUCAGAUGAAAUUUUGAUUGAAUCAAAAGCUGCCUCAAUUAAUGGCGCAGAUUAUUAUCAUAUAGAUUAUAAUUGGGCUCCCGAUGGUGCAAUUUUGGGCUUAACUGUUAGUGGGAUCGUCUUGAAGGUUGGUAAAGAUGUAACAAGGUUCGGUCCUGGCGAUUUUAUUGCUAGCUUUAUUCAUGGCGGUGAUUAUUCUAACCCAGAUAAAGGUGCCUUUUCGAAGUUGGCAGUUGUUCAAGAGAUAUAUUCAAUUAAAUUGAAAAAUCUCGAAUCGUCUAGUCUACCAAUUUUACCUCCAGGGAAUAUUGAUACAUUUGAGGGUGCAUGCUCAAUUCCUAAUGCUGUAGUUACCUUGGGAUGCAGUCUAUAUUUUACGUUAGGCGGGUCCUUUAGAAAUCCACAAAGUAAAAGUAUUUUGAUCUAUGGAGGCUCAACAGCCACUGGAUUGGUGGCAAGCCAAAUUGCAAAACAAUUUGGGUGGACUGUCAUAUCGGUAGCAUCCAAAAAACAUUCAAACUUAAUCAAGACCUUUGGUGCUGACCAUUUAAUUGACUACCAUGACCUGGAUGUUAUCCAACAAAUCAAAAAUAUUGACCCAAAUAUUACCAUGGCAUUACAUACGAUAGGUGGAACUCCAACUUUGCAGCUUACUCAUGACUCUGUUUCUGAUUCCUUGCCCACAAAAAUUGACUCAUUGGUAGUUUCAAAUUUUGAAACAAUUGAGAACCAUAAAGCUAAUGUAGAGUUUUCUAUGACAAGAGCUUUCACUGCGAAUGGUAAUGAAGCUAAAUAUAAUAAUGGGUCUAAAUUCCCAGCAACUCCUGGGAUUAAAGAAGCUAUUCUUGAAUUUAUGCCCAUCAUUCAAAAUUUGAUAAAUAAUAAUGAAAUAAAGCACAUACCAAUAAGAAUUCAGCCAAAUGGGUUGAAUGGUAUUAACGAUGGAUUAAAACUUAUUCGAGAAGGUUCCCUAAGCGGAGAAAAGUUGGUUAUACAACUUUAA